GCGUGGCAACCCACAAGUACACCCAAGGAAAUCAAACGGAGUGGGGUUGCUCCUGCGUUGAAACUAGCUAAUAUCUUGCAUAAGACAAACUCAAUGGUUGGUACCCAACCGAGUUUAGCCACGUCAUCAUCUAAGACCCAUGGGAAGGUACCCCAUACGAACUCCUCAACUGAUAGUCUUGAACUUGAAGUUAUUGAUGGUGAGGGUUCAAGCUAUGAGUAUACCAUGGUUCUUGUUCAAAUUCCAAUGUCUAAUGAGAGGGAGGUCUAUGAGUAG